GUCUGGACAGCUUCCUGCCCAUGCACACAUUUGGGGCUGCACCACCAUGGCUUUGACUACCUGCCUCUUCACCAUCUUGGCCCUGUUACUGGCAAGCCUAACCCAGAACAUCACAGGCUCCCAUGGAGCCCAGAAUCUAGGUCCCUGGCCACUGGAGCUGAAAGAGGUCUUCAAGUUGUUCCAAAUCCAGUUCAAUCGGAGUUACUUGAACCCAGCAGAGUAUGCUCGCCGCCUGGACAUCUUUGCCCAGAACCUGGCCAAGGCUCAGCAACUACAGGAGGAGGACUUGGGCACAGCUGAGUUUGGGGUGACUCCAUUCAGCGACCUCACAGAGGAGGAGUUUGGAAAGAUCUAUGGACACUGGAAAGCAGAUGGGAGCCCUAGCAUGGGAAGAAAGGCAGGGCCUGAAGAGGCAGGGAAGCCUCUGCCCUCCACCUGUGACUGGCGGAACGCAGAUGGCAUCAUCUCAUCUAUCAAGAACCAGGGGAACUGCAAGUGCUGCUGGGCCAUGGCUGCUGCAGGCAACAUCGAGGCCCUGUGGGGCAUCACAUACCGACAGUCCGUGGAAGUUUCUGUGCAGGAACUGCUUGACUGUGGCCACUGUGGGGACGGCUGCAAGGGUGGCUUCGUCUGGGAUGCAUACAUAACUGUCCUCAACAACAGUGGAUUGGCCAGUGAAAAGGACUACCCAUUCCAGGGGCACACCCGGGCCCACAUGUGCCUGGCCAAGAAGUUUAAGAAGGUGGCCUGGAUCCAGGAUUUCAUCAUGCUGCAGGAAAAUGAGCAGACAAUUGCCUGGUACCUGGCUACCCAAGGCCCCAUCACAGUGACCAUCAACAUGAAGCCACUGCAGCACUACCGGAAUGGUGUGUUCAAGGCCACACCCACCACCUGUGACCCCGGGGUUGUGAAUCAUUCUGUCCUGCUGGUGGGUUUUGGCAAGAGCAAGGUGGAAGAGGGGAUACAAUCGGCCUCUUCUGCAUCUUGUUGCCGUCCUCGCCCCUCCACCCCUUACUGGAUUCUGAAGAACUCCUGGGGGGACAACUGGGGUGAGGAGGGCUACUUCCGACUGCACCGAGGAAGCAAUACCUGUGGCAUCACCAAAUACCCAGUCACAGCCCGUGUGGGAAAACCAGCUAAAAAGCAGCCAGUCUCCUGCCCUCCCUAAACGUGUCAGCAGCCUGCUGGCCCCUCCUGCAUGCCAGCUGCCUCUACACAGGCCCUGCCUGAGGUUUUUGCCUAUCCUCCCAAUCUUCUAUACAACUUGAAUAAACCAAGACAAAACUC